UUUUAAACCAAAAUCCAUUUGACGUGAGUGUACAUGUCGGUAAGAUGCCAAGUUUAAACGCCACCCGAAACAUUCCGACAGUGGACUCUUCCGGUGUUAGGCCUCUGCAGUAGGGAGUUGUUUGGCGGAUCUCGCAAGUUUUCCUACACUUUAAAUGUAAAUUUUGUUGGUCCAAAUACAGCGAGAGUCUUGUUUUCUGGCGUCAUUUAUCUCGUCGUUUACUCGCCGCGUCGACACAGUGUACAAACAAAGUGUUUGGGCGUGUUACACAACUACACAGCUGAAGGAAGGGAGGGAAGGAAGGAAGGAAGGCAUCGGUGAGUCGGAGAGACCGCGGCUGAGCUUAUGAUGCCGACGUUGCGGGACAGUACCAUGUCCCACCCCGGCGAGAAUUCACACCAAGUCCGGGUCAAAGCGUAUUACAAAGGGGACAUCAUGAUUACACAUUUUGAACCAUCCAUCUCAUACGAGGGUCUGUAUGGAGAAGUGAAGGACAUGUGCUCAAUGGACAACGACCAGCUCUUCACCAUGAAGUGGAUCGACGAGGAAGGUGACCCCUGCACUGUGUCUUCUCAACUGGAGCUGGAGGAAGCGCUACGUCUCUAUGAACUCAACAAAGACUCUGAGCUCAUUAUCCACGUGUUUCCAUGUAUACCAGAGAAACCUGGCAUGCCCUGUCCUGGAGAAGACAAAUCCAUAUAUCGGCGAGGAGCUCGGCGCUGGAGGAAGCUUUAUUAUGCCAGUGGUCACGCCUUUCAGGCCAAACGCUUCAACAGGCGAGCACAUUGUGCCAUCUGCACAGACAGAAUCUGGGGUCUGGGUAGACAAGGCUACAAAUGCAUCAACUGCAAACUGCUGGUGCACAAGAAAUGCCAUAAACUGGUGACAGUGGAGUGUGGCAGACCAAUGUUCCAGGAACCAAUCAUGCAAGGCCAUCCACCAUCCAGUCAAUUAGACCAAAGUGAACAGCCAGGGCCUCAGAAUAAAGACUCCAGAGAAAGCUUGACUUACGAUGGAGAGGAGAAGGAGGCACGGAGCAGUAGAACGGGGAAAUCGCCUUCGAGUCUGGGCCUGGCAGACUUCGACCUGCUGAGGGUGAUCGGCAGAGGCAGCUACGCCAAGGUGCUGCUGGUGCAGCUGAAGAAGACCGAGCGCAUCUACGCUAUGAAGGUGGUCAAGAAGGAGCUGGUCAAUGACGACGAGGACAUCGACUGGGUCCAAACAGAAAAGCAUGUCUUUGAGCAGGCUUCUAAUCAUCCCUUCUUGGUGGGCCUCCACUCCUGUUUCCAGACAGAGAGCAGACUCUUUUUUGUUAUUGAAUAUGUGAAUGGUGGCGAUCUCAUGUUUCACAUGCAGAGACAAAGGAAGCUCCCAGAAGAACAUGCCAGAUUCUACUCAGCAGAGAUUAGUCUUGCUCUCAACUACCUCCAUGAGCGGGGAAUCAUCUACAGAGACCUGAAACUGGACAAUGUGCUGCUGGACUCGGAAGGACACAUUAAACUUACAGACUAUGGCAUGUGCAAGGAGGGCUUGAGACCAGGUGAUACAACGAGCACUUUCUGUGGUACACCUAAUUACAUCGCCCCCGAAAUACUCAGAGGGGAGGAUUACGGGUUUAGUGUGGACUGGUGGGCGUUGGGCGUGCUGAUGUUCGAGAUGAUGGCGGGCCGGUCGCCCUUCGACAUCGUCGGGAAUUCAGACAACCCUGAUCAAAACACAGAAGACUACCUCUUCCAAGUUAUAUUGGAAAAACCGAUCAGAAUUCCCCGCUCGUUGUCAGUCAAAGCCGCCAGUGUCCUCAAGGGAUUCCUCAAUAAGGAUCCUAAGGAGCGUCUAGGCUGUCACCCUCAGACAGGCUUCGCCGACAUAAUGGGUCAUCCAUUCUUCCGAAACGUGGACUGGGAUCUUCUGGAGCAGAAGCAGGUGGUCCCUCCGUUUAAGCCCAACAUCUCAGGGGAAUUUGGACUGGACAACUUUGACGCCCAGUUCACCAACGAACCCAUCCAGCUCACGCCCGAUGACGAGGACGUGGUCAGGAAGAUCGACCAGUCCGAGUUCGAAGGCUUCGAGUACAUCAACCCACUUCUGAUGUCGGCGGAAGAGUGUGUGUGAGGGGACGUUGACGCUUGUGCUCACACACACACACUCACCACCCGCCCACACACCCACACACACACACCAACACACACACUCAUCAUGCCUGGUGUCUCAGUGUCCUGAAGCUGCAUGGUUAUGAGACAAGUGGACGUCAUCAGCCGUCUGUUUGAGGGCCACACACAUGCACAGUAGAACACUUAUUUGCCAAAACCAGUCUCGCACUCUGCCAUUUGUAACCACUUGCCCUUAAGCCUACCUUCUUUUCUUAAUUAUUUUUAUAUCACAUGAAUCUGCACUGAUAUCAGUUCUCUCCUCUGUAUCAGUAGCCGACGAGGCUACGGAGAUCUUUCAAUGUUGCUGUAUAGUGGACAGAUGACCAGAGCAUCUUCUCCUUCCAGCUGGUGAGGUGUUUUCACUGCACAUUUUAUGUGCAUGUACAUAGACAUAAAAAUAUAUGAAAUUAUUAUUAAGGAUAACUCUUAGACAAGGCCUUUUUUUCUUUUCUUUUUUUUUUUUUUUUUAAAUAGAGUCAAGCCACAAUUGGACAAGCGAAAAUCAUCCUGAAGUAAUUUUGGGUUUAGCUUUGUCCCAACACCCAACACUCUAGAAGAAAAAGGAGAAUCACAAUAGCAUUUAACAUACAAAUCUAUAUAUUUUUCUCAUGUUUUAUUUAACAACAUUGCAGUUGGUGUAUGUGUUGUUCAGACGGAACCAAAAAGAGGGUUCAGGCUUUGUUGUUGAGACAAAACAGAGGGAGUCCACGUCGAGUCUCCUGUCCCAGAAUGAAGGAAUUUAAAGCGCAGUACACGACUAACACUAAUCAAGAGUUGACACUCUCAAAACUGUGAAUGAAAGAGCUCACUGUGCCAGGAAAACGAGCUGGAAGAGAAGCACGCGAUACCUGAACGCUGGAGCAAAGGCUUUAGUCUGGCUGUGCAGAGCAUACGUUAAAUAAACAUUCACACAGGACCAAAAACGGAGCAUUUUUUCUGAAAAAUGUCUUUGCUGGUACGUAUUAGAAGGUACAGUAUAUAUAUGACACAUGUGCUGUCCUCACUCAUAGAAUUUAUAUAUUCUUUAUUUUUUUUGAUUGCUUUUUUUUUUAAUACUAUGCCUUUCUGAAAGUUAUGAUCUGUUAUAUUUUUUGUACUUUCCAUUCCAUGUAUGUUUUUUUUUUAUUUUAUUUUAUUGUAAAUCAAAAAAUGCCAAGUGAUAGUUGAAACGAGCUCAGUUAGAAAGUCAUGAGUGCAGUUGUGGCUUGGAAAUUGUAAUCUGUGUCUACUCUGCUGCAUUUUCUUUUACCUUAUCUAACCCACAGUUCAUUAGACAUUUUGUAAAACAGCUUGAAAGCAUAUAUAUAUAUAUAAAAAAAAACAAGCUUUGAAGAGCCUUGGCUGUAAAGACACUAAGUGAUGGUGCAUGAACCUCCAGACUCUCCUCCAGUCGAAGCUUCUCUCUACAUGGAACAUACUUUUGGGCUCACGUGGUGACAGGAGGAACUCGUUCAUCUGUUACACAUGUUUCUACUGCUUUAUUGUUACUUUUUGUGAAUCGGAUUUCGUUUUUAUUUCGUCACUACAUUGAUUCCAAAAUGUUACUGGGUGAACCCAAUGGAAACACUAUUUGUUGUUUUUUGUUCUUUUGGAGGUGUUUACCGCCCACAAAGACUCUACUGAACUUUAUUAGUGUGCAAAGAAUGAGAGAGAAAAAAACACACAUGUUAAAAUAAACAUUUUAUUUCUCU